CGGAUGGCCGAGGAACGGCCCUCGGUGGAGUCCCUCUCUGAAGUCUUCAGGCGAGCAGAAAUCGAGAGGUAGAAGACGACGGCCAGGAGCAGCAGAGCGGGCAGGGCGAGAUGACGAUCCGGUUCGUGCUGUUCGUGAACAAGCAGGGCCAGACGCGGCUGGCGCAGUACUACGAGCACCUCUCCCUCGACGAGCGGCGCGCCCUCGAGGGCGAGAUCGUCCGCAAGUGCCUCGCCCGCACCGACCAGCAGUGUUCGUUCGUGGAGCACCGGAACUACAAGGUCGUGUACAGGCGCUACGCCUCCCUUUUCUUCCUCGUCGGCGUCGACAAUGAUGAGAAUGAGUUAGCUAUCCUUGAAUUCAUACAUCUUUUGGUGGAAACUAUGGAUCGUCACUUUGGCAAUGUGUGCGAGCUUGAUAUCAUGUUCCAUCUAGAGAAAGUGCACUUCAUGUUGGAAGAGAUGGUGAUGAACGGUUGCAUUGUAGAGACAAGUAAACAGAACAUCUUGGCACCAAUACAACUUAUGGAGAAAACUUCCUAAAAUAGUAAUAUCCAUUUGUCUAGUUUUGCAUCCACUUUUACAUUUUCCUGUCUGUCCCCUUCCAUAAAUUUUCCAUCUGUAUGUUAAAGUGCAAACAAUCUCUGUAAGCAUGGAGUAUUGAAUUGAUUCUGUGCUUUCGGAUAUUCCUGUGAUCCUCUUUUCAUGUAUGCCUUCGCUUUGACCACAUAUGUAUAGGUGUAUUUUUCUUAAGAAAAAGCUGAUUUAUCAUAAAAA